CGGAAGUCACAGUUGUGUGACUACUGAAAACUUUGACCAAGUAGUAACUAUCGGGAUUCUUGCAUUAUCCUGACAUUUCUCACUGUGCAGAUGCGUGGAUUAUAACCCAAACAUUCAGUGCAUACGUCGCCGAUUUAAGGUUUUGAUCUACGGCUAUGUAAAAACAAAAACAAGAAUAUCCAAAAGUAAUACUAUGGCGCCUACAAUGCAUAACAACACAACCGGAGCAGCACGUUGCAUGGCGUCUGCCAGUGCCAAGUGCGGAUUGGAGGAUGAGCUGCGGGAGACCCUUCAGAAGAGAAUCAUGGUCCUAGACGGUGGCAUGGGUACCAUGAUACAGCAGAGACGUCUGGAGGAAGAAGAUUUCAGGGGUCAGGAGUUCAAAGACCACUCCAAGAGCCUGAAAGGGAAUAACGACCUUCUAAGCAUCACUCAGCCCGAGCUCAUCUACUCCAUCCACAAGGAGUAUCUACUUGCUGGAGCAGACAUAAUUGAAACAAACACAUUCAGCAGUACAAGCAUAGCACAAGCAGACUACGGCUUGGAGGACUUGGCUUAUCGACUUAACAAAUCAUCAGCAGAAGUGGCCAGGAGGGCAGCGGAUGAUGUCACAGCUCAGACAGGUUCCAAAAGGUAUGUUGCAGGCGCCUUAGGCCCUACGAACAGGACGCUGUCUGUUUCUCCAUCUGUGGAGAGGCCAGAUUACAGGCACAUAACCUUUGAUGAGCUAGUUGAAGCUUACACUGAACAGGGCAGAGGACUGCUGGAUGGUGGAGUAGAUAUCUUGCUAGUCGAGACCAUCUUUGACACAGCCAAUGCAAAGGCUGCUCUGUUUGCCAUUGACCAACUGUUUGAGGAACACUACGAGCGAAGACCUUUAUUUAUCUCUGGGACAAUUGUGGACAAGAGUGGGCGUACUCUAUCAGGUCAGACAGGAGAGGCCUUUGUCAUCAGUGUCUCUCAUGCAAAACCACUGUGCAUUGGUUUAAACUGCGCCCUCGGAGCUACUGAGAUGAGACCAUUCAUUGAAGCCAUUGGGAAAAGCACCACUUCCUUCAUCAUUUGUUACCCCAAUGCAGGGCUUCCCAAUACCUUUGGGGAUUACGAUGAAACUCCGAAUCUAACAGCAUCACAUUUAAAGGCAUUUGCUGAUGAUGGGCUUGUGAACAUUGUUGGUGGUUGUUGUGGAACAACCCCCUCUCACAUACGUGCCAUUGCAGAGGGAGUGCAACACUGCAAACCAAGGGUUCCUGCUGCAAAUAUAUUUCAAGACUACAUGCUGCUGUCCGGUCUCGAGCCAUUUCGAAUCGGUCCAUAUACAAAUUUUGUCAACAUUGGUGAACGCUGCAAUGUGGCUGGGUCGCGCAAGUUCGCCAAGCUGAUCAUGUCCAGUAACUAUGAGGAAGCUUUGAGCGUCGCAAAAGCUCAGGUGGAAAUGGGAGCCCAGGUAUUGGACAUCAACAUGGAUGAGGGCAUGCUCGACGGCCCAGCUGCCAUGACUCGUUUCUGCAACCUCAUCGCCUCAGAGCCCGAUGUUGCCAAGGUCCCCUUGUGCAUCGACUCCUCUAACUUUGCGGUGAUCGAAGCAGGACUGAAAUGCUGUCAAGGGAAGUGCAUCGUCAACAGUUUGAGUUUGAAGGAGGGGGAGUCCGACUUUCUGCAAAAGGCCAACCUUGUACGGCGCUACGGUGCUGCAGUUGUUGUCAUGGCAUUCGAUGAAGUGGGACAGGCGACUGAGACUGAGCGGAAAGUGGAGAUAUGCACGCGAGCAUACAAUCUCCUCGUCAGUAAAGUUGGCUUCAACCCCAAUGACAUCAUCUUCGACCCCAAUAUCCUUACGAUUGGCACAGGUAUAGAAGAGCACAACGCGUAUGCCAUCAACUUCAUGCAGGCCGCAAGAUGCAUCAAGGACACUCUCCCAGGUGCCAGGGUGAGUGGCGGCCUGUCCAACUUGUCUUUUUCAUUCAGAGGAAUGGAAGUGAUCAGAGAGGCCAUGCAUGGAGCAUUCUUGUACUACGCCAUCAAGGAUGGGCUGGAUAUGGGAAUUGUCAAUGCUGGAAGUUUGCCUGUGUAUGACGACAUUGAUAAGGAACUGUUGGAACUUUGUGAGAACCUCAUUUGGAACCGUGACCCAAGCGCCACAGAUAAACUGCUUGUUUAUGCUCAAACUGCCACUAAAGAAGGGAAGAAUGUUGUGCAGAUGGAUGAGUGGAGAGAGGGGAGCGUUGAGGCCAGGCUGGAAUAUGCACUUAUAAAGGGCAUUGACAAAUAUGUUGUCGAGGAUACGGAGGAGGCCCGGUCUAACACCCUGCGGUACCCUCGGCCUCUACACGUCAUCGAGAGCCCGUUGAUGAACGGCAUGCAAGUUGUGGGUGACUUGUUUGGCGCUGGAAAGAUGUUUCUGCCACAGGUAAUAAAGUCAGCACGUGUGAUGAAGAAAGCUGUCGGUUAUUUAAUCCCCUUCAUGGAGAAGGAGAGAGCGGAAAUGCUCGCAGAUUCAUCUGAGGAGACGGAUCCAUAUCAGGGCACUAUUGUGCUUGCUACUGUGAAGGGAGAUGUACAUGACAUUGGUAAAAACAUUGUGGGAGUUGUGCUGGGAUGUAACAAUUUCAGGGUGAUUGACCUGGGUGUUAUGACUCCAUGUGAUAAAAUCCUGAAGGAGGCAAUAGAGAGAAAAGCAGACAUCAUUGGUCUGUCUGGGCUCAUCACUCCCUCUCUAGAGGAAAUGAUUCAUGUUGCCAAAGAGAUGGAGAGGCUCGGCAUGCACGUCCCUCUGCUGAUCGGGGGCGCCACCACAUCCAAGACUCAUACGGCGGUAAAAAUAGCUCCAUGUUACAGUUCUCCUGUGGUGCAUGUUCUGGAUGCAUCGAGAAGCGUUGUUGUGUGCAGUCAGCUUCUUGACGAGAAUUUGAAGGAAGAGUUCUUUGAGGACGUCUCCGAAGAAUAUGAAGAGAUCAGACAAGAGCACUACGACUCACUGAAGGAACGGCGCUUCCUGUCCCUCACCCUGGCACGGGAGAAAGGCCUACACACUGACUGGCUGGCGGAGCCUAGACCUGUACGUCCACAGAUUAUUGGCACGCAUGUUUAUGACAGUUAUGACCUGCACCAGCUGGAGAGCUACAUUGACUGGAAGCCAUUUUUUGACAUUUGGCAGCUGAGAGGAAAAUACCCAAACAGAGGCUAUCCCAAAAUUUUCAAGGACAAAACCGUAGGCGAGGAGGCUAAGAGAGUAUUCAGCGAUGCCCAGGAUAUGCUACACAAGCUGUUAAAUGACCAAAGGCUUUGGGGAAGAGGAUUAGUAGGUUUUUGGCCCGCGCAGAGUGUGGGGGAUGACAUCCACGUCUAUGCAGAGGACGCCUGCCCACACAGCAGCCAGCCCAUUGCCAUCUUCCACGGGCUGCGGCAACAGGUGGAGAAAACUUCAAAAUCUGCAGAUCCUUACCUUUGCCUGUCUGACUUCAUUGCACCCAAAGACAGUGGUGUGUGUGACUACAUUGGACUCUUUGCUGUGGCUUGCUUUGGUGCUGAAGAACUCAGUCAAGAGUUUGAGAACCAAGGAGAUGACUACAAUAGCAUUAUGGUGAAGGCGCUAGCCGAUCGACUUGCUGAGGCUUUUGCCGAAGAACUUCAUGCAAGAGUGCGUAAAGACUUAUGGGGAUACUCCACUGAAGAAGAUCUCCAGGCUGCCGACAUGCACAGGAUACGUUACUCUGGCAUCCGCCCGGCCUCAGGUUAUCCCAGCCAACCAGACCACACAGAGAAGAUCACCAUGUGGAGCCUGGCUGAUAUCCAGAAGAAAACGGGCAUUGGACUGACUGAGUCUCUAGCAAUGACCCCAGCUGCUGCUGUCUCAGGGCUGUAUUUCUCGAAUCCAAAGUCCAGCUACUUUUCUGUGGGAAAAAUCACCAAAGAGCAGACUGAAGACUAUGCCAAGAGAAAAGGGAUGGCUGUUGCUGAAGUGGAGCGUUGGUUGGCACCAAUCAUUGGCUACGAUACUGAAUGAAGCGUAGGCUGGCAACAAUCACUGGCUACGAUACUGAGUGAAGCGUUGCUUGGCACCAAUCAUUGGCUACGAUGCUGAGUGAAACGUUGGUUGACACCAAUCAUUGGCUACGAUACUGAGUGUCUCGCACCCUCUGUUGUGACUUACCUGUUGUGUCUUACCCUUUUCAGUGUCCACAAAAUUAUCAAAUUUGAUGAAAGGUGUAUAUUGUAAAUCUUUUAUUUUUAAACUCUGGUUCAAGCACAUUUUUAACACUAAUUUUCUGUAAUUUGUUCAUCAAAUUAUUAGUGCACUCAAUGGUUAUUUUGCCAUCUCCCCCAUAAAUUGAUUCAUGCAUAGAAAAAGACCCUCAACAAACACAGACUGUGUAAACCUACAGUGAAGCAGGUUUUUUUUAGAUAUGUCAAGAUAUGCUUUUAGGCUUUUAUGCCUUUACUUAAGACUGGACAGUGAAAGAGUGUCAGGGAGUCGGAGAGAGGGGGGAAGGAGCGGCUUAGGACCUCAGGCCGAAAUCAAACCCGGGUCUCCGUUGUUACGAUAUGGUAUCUUAGUUCACCCGGGAAACACACUUUUAAAUGUCAAUUUUAUCAUGUGUAAAAAAUCCCUAAUUUUGGAGGAUUGACUUGUCUGUCUCCUACUGUUCCUACUUAAAUGGUAAAAUAUUUUAUUCCUGUCAGUCUCUUUUGGGCCAAAAAUACAACAUGUUAUGUCUUCAGCCCAGCGUACAGCACAAACUAAUAGUUGAAAAGCUGGUUACCUUGUUUUUCACAGGGUCAUCAAUUUCUUUUUCCAUCAGGGGAUUUUAUAAUUUUGUGUGCAAAGUCAUUACCUUACAUUUCAUUACCAUUUAACAGACACUUUUCUCUAAAGCGACUUCCAAGCUAGGGCAUGUUCAGUAGCAUAUACUGUAAUACUUGAGGAAAUUAAGAGUAUAGUACAUCCCAAACAGUAUUAGUGCACAAGAACAGUUUUUUGUUAACUACAUAAGGUUUAAUGCUUAAGAGCAGAGUUAGUGUUUUUUUAUGAAGGAAAACUGUCUUGGAAGAGAAUGGUCAUUCCUAGCUUCUUGAAGGCUGAAAGACAUGACGCUUGUCUUGUAGCUUCUUCCACCAUUGAGGGACAUUGAUGUGAAAAUUUUGAAAUGGGAUCGCAUUUGUAUGAGGAGGGGUCAAUGCUAGGCAGUUCGCAGCAUCGUGGAAGGAACACACGGUUUUAGUAUACCGAAGCCUUCGAAUAAGUUCAUGGCAAUUGAGUUAGUUUGUAGGCGAGGGACAGGGCCUUUAAUUCGAAUGACCACUGGUAGCCAUUGCAGGUUGAGUCAGGGAGCAUCUUGGAAUAUUGCUGAAGCUGGAAUGGUGAGUACGUAGCCUGGCUCUCUCCAGAUGAAUGCGGUUCCGCCUUGCUCCACACACUUCCAUCUGGUAGCGCUCCAGACAGACUCGUUUUGUGUGGCUUCGGGAAAAGAGUGAUAAUCCUUUGCCACCCGUAAAAUCCUUCAAUAUCCCUCUUCUAAACCGAGACCAAAGACAGUCAGGAUGUAAUUGUGGUCUUGAGAACCAUGUUUAACAUAAUUUCUUUCCAGCAUUUUGCUACCUUGAAUUAAGACAAGUUGUGUUUUUGUGUUAUUGUGGGCAUUGAUUUCUGAAUAUGAAUUAUGUUGAGGAUGUCUUGUAUCUGCCACUACUGUGAAUGAAGUCAUUAACGUCUUAAAACAUAGAAACAUUAGAAACGGUACACAAGUCACCAUAAAUAUAUUAAUAGGAAACUUUCAGAAAACUUCCCAGCAGCUCUGCAUAAGGAAUCUCAGCAGUGAUCACUGAAUAGCACUAUAGAAAAAAUGGUCCCUGUAUUUCAGUUAUUUUAACUGGGAAAUGGUGCCAUUGUACUUCAAAUGUUGUAAUAUUUUUGUAAUUCAGGUAUGCUCCCGACUGUUUUAUCAGAGGUGAGAAGAGACUGAAGUUUUAAUUGCUAUUAAAUGGAGCUAUGCUUCUCAGCUGUCUGUUCUUUUUAAUAUCAUAGUAUCAGAGUGACUGCUUUGGUCAAAGUGUCUGCGGUUGAUUACAGGCCUCACAGGUCCCAUGUUUUGUGUCCUAGUGUGUGCUCUGAAUAUUCAAAAUGGCAGUCAUGGGUUGAGGUGUUGUUAGGCAGUGAUUGAUAAGAGGGUGUGGAUUCACAGACUAGAGGGGAGUGAGUGAGUUUGUUGUGAAUAGUGCUAGUGCUUUUUUAAAAUCAGAUAUUAUUUAUUUACUUGUUCAUUAAAGUAGUUGGGCAUAGGGCUGCACAAUUAAUCGAAAAAUAAUCAAAAUCGUGAUAAAAUAGUGAAAUCGAACUCAUGAUUUUAAUCGUGAUUUAAUCGUAGCAAUAGUGACCUACUUUUGAGAGCGUCCUUGAAGCCAGAACAUACUGACAGGCUGGUGUUUCUGGCCAGAAAUCUGUCCACUUAAGUUUCAUGCUAUUGCCUUUACAUAAUUAUUACAAUUCAUACAAUUUUAUUUUGCUCAUCCCGUAUGUAAUUCAUUCUUGGUUAUAUUUCAUCUUGUUAUAAUUUUCAAAAAAAUCUGCAAAAAUCAAUAAUCGUGACUAAUAAUUGUGAUUAUGAUUUUGACCAAAAUAAUCGUGAUUAUGACUUUUUCCAUAAUCGUGCAGCCCUAGUUGGGCAUCUCCCAUUGUCCAUUGAUGAGAUUUUACAGAAUUUGCAAUUUAAAUAAAGCAGAAUUUGAGAAACCUCCA